AUGUCGAGGUUCCUCAAAAAUUUGAUCUACAAAACCUUCAUUUCGGAGGCAUCAAAAACGCCCCUGGUGCAACGUGCGGCGGAGAAGGCGGCUCGCAUGGAGCGCAACUUCACCGGCGAGAAGCUCGGGCUGUGGUUCGGCGCCACUGUCCGUGAGGUCUCUAACGACAUCAGGUCUAGCUACAAGAUUCUGUCUGCAUACCUCAACCCUGGCGCAGCGACGCCGCAGCCGCAGUCCCUGUCGACAGCGAAUAAGCGGGUGAGGACUGCCGGUGACGAUACUACGCCGCCCAAAGGACGGUAA